AUGUUAGGCCGAAUUUCUGUUGUAAAGUUGCAGGCAUUAGCCUCUGAGUUGAAGGCGGGUUUCACAGAAGCGAUGCAGGAGCUGUCGCGAAUCCAGCAUGGCGAGUACGCCCUGGAGGAGAAGGUCAAGAGCUGCCGCUGUGCUAUGGAAGAGAAAGUGGCUGAGAUGAAGAAUUCCCUCAACACAUUCAAGGAGGAGCUCAGCGAUGCAAAGUCAAUGAUUGAAGAAAUCAGUGCCAAGCAGGAGGAAAUGCAACAGAAAAUUGAGCAGCUGCAGCAAGAGAAGCGUCGGGAAUCACGGAAAGUGAAAGCUAAAAGAGCACAGAAGGAUGACCAUGGGUCACAGACAGUGCCUACACCUCUCCAGGGCAGCCCAUUUCGAUCCAUUAACCUCCCAGAACCUGUGCUGAUCAAUGAAGAUUUUACAAGUCUUUUACACAACGUGACUUACGAAAAAGUGUCUGACACCAGGAUCAUGCCAAUGGGAGAAGGAAGUGUGAAAGUCAUAGCAGGUCAAGGAGCAACCAUAGAGACAGAUGACAGCCUCAAGCCUUCCUUGACAACAGAGGGGCAGUCGAAAGUGCAUCUGCCGUCAACAGUGUGGAAGCAGCCCAAGGACACCAAGGACUGGGGAGAUGAAUACAUUUCCAAAGAGCAACCAGAGAGAGGGAAAGACAUGGGUCAAAGCAGAUACAGCUCAGCAGACAACAUCAUAUGUGAACCAUCUUUGGCUGCGAAAAGGCAGAACAUCGCUUUGGAGCUGCUGGAGUCAGAAAGGAAGUAUGUCAUCAACCUUUCCCUAAUCCUGAAGAUCAAGGCCACGCUGCAAGGGCCAGAUGUGAAAAGGAGUACCAAAGAGAGAAGUUUCUUCCCCAACUCUUUGCGGUACCUGGUCCAGCAGCAUGUCGAUUUACUUCACGCUCUGCAGGAGCGAGUCCUGAGCUGGCCACGACAAGGGAUCCUGGGAGACAUCUUCCUGAAGUUAACAAACGAUGAGAAUAAUUUUCUGGACUACUACGUUGCUUACCUGAGGGACCUGCCCGAAUGCAUCUCUCUGAUCCAUGUGGUGAUCCUGAAGGAGGUAGAAGAAGAAAUCAAGUCUGAUCUCUACAUUCUGUUCUUCCAUAUAGUCCAGCGAAUCCCUGAAUACCUUAUUCAUCUACAGAAUGUCCUGAAGUUCACGGAGCAAGAGCAUCCUGACUAUUACCUGCUGCUGGUGUGUGUGCAGCGCCUCCGGGUUUUCAUCUCGCACUACAGCCUCCUCUUCCAAUGCAAUGAGGACCUGCUUAUACAGAAGAGGAAAAAGCUGAAGAACACGACGAUGGAUUUCUCCUCCCUCAGGUCAUCCCUGGUGAAGCUGUACAAAGGUCUCACCUCCCAGUGUACGAGCCAAGAUGUUUCUCCGACACCCAGCGCAACAUCUAUCCGGGACAGCGGGAUCCACUCCGAAGAGACAAUACAGUCAUUCCCACCAGCACCUUCCUCUGGCACGACAACCCCGCAUCUGAUGCCCCAGAUGAAGAAACCCCAGCCAACCGUGAUGGAGAACAUCCAGGCUGUAAAGUCCCCGGACUGGGAAAUGGAAAGUAGAAAACACGAGAGGCCAGAGAACAUCCUUGCAUCUUCUCAGCUCACAGAGCAGGAACUCAAGGCUCUGACAGCCCCCUUACAAUCCAUCCCUGAAAUGGAGUAUGAAGCACCACCAGCUGAUGCAGUGGGAAACACUGAGCGAGCCAUCAGGACCUCUGUGGAGCUGCUGCAGGAUGCAAGGAACUUUGCGCCAAGCUACGAAGAGUUCGACUACCCUGGGGAGGUUUUCACUCUGCCAGGCCCCUAUGAAGAUGAUGCCUUCCAAAAUCUUGCUCUCUUUGAGAAUUGCUCCCCAGCCUCUUCCGAGUCCAGCUUAGACAUUUGCUUCCUUAGGCCUGUUAACUUCACAUCAGAACCAGAGAGGACAGAUCAUGCCUUACAGCCACUGCCUAAGAGCUGCACUCCCGUAAGCAGCAGUACUUACAAGCGUGAGAUGUUCCACAGCAAAGGCAAGCAGCUGAGCAGGUCUCUGAAGGAGCUGCCAAGGAGCGCUGAGGGUGUGAGCACCAGACUCUACAGCACACGGAGCAGCAGUGGGAGCCGGCUGCAGCAGAAGCAGGAGAGGAAUGUCCAGCCUCACAUGAUCUCAGCCUCAUCUCGAAGCUCCCAAAGGGGCUACUUCCCCCCACAGAGAGGAGCGGGUGAAAAACAGAGCUUUUUGGAAGAGCUCCAUGCAGAAGACAACACCAGGUUCUGCCAGAAGGAUGACAAUGAGCAAACAUCCUUCAGCGACCACAACCCACGGCACGAGCCCAAGGGGGGUUUCCGGAGCUCCUUCCGCAAGCUCUUCAAAAAGAAAUAAGCAGCCCCAAGAAAGGCAGGCCACAGCCAAAGCGCAACAGUGCUUCCCCAGGUCCCCGAGGGUGGAGGCAGGCAGCAAGGGCCCAAGAUCCCCCCAACACAGUAGGUGGAGGGGUGGGGGAGAGGAGACUGUCACAACUGCCUUACAAAUGUGUCCUGUUCUUCCCAGCACACGGCAGGGCCAGGCUAUGGGUGGAAGUGGAGCUCAGCCAGCAGGUCCAAUAAGCACAGGAACUUGCUAGUUUUCACUCCUGCCUGACUUCAUUUUCCUUAGAGUUUUGGAAAGCUUUGGCCAAAUCCCACUACCUUCUCCUCCCCCUCAUCCCCCAACACUGCCUGACUCGCCAUACAUCUUUGCUCUUCCAAAUUCAAGCCAGGUCUAAUUUGGGCUUACCCACAACAGAAGGGUUACCUUUGCAGCCUUGGCAUCCUGGCCAGAAGUCUGAAAUGCCCCUUUCCUCCACUUUCAAAAAAAACCCCAAACCAACCCCAACAGAACACCUCACAAACCAAGCCAAACGACCAACCCUGCCCCCCUCCCCUCAACCCAACAACCCCAAACCAAAACAAAAAAAUCCUUAAACCCAAAACCCCCAACCAAGACCCUCCACCGUCCUCCAUCAAUGAGGUCUUCCAGGAAGCCAGCUCACAUUACCCUGCUGGUUUGAGAAGGUCUGAUAAGCAUCAGCUGUAAUACCUGGGCUUCGUGCUGCUUAAUCAGCAGCAUCCUUUCUUUUGGCCUUCCACCACUCCCAAAAAUCGUCCUUCACCUUUUAUGUGGCAUGCUGUUUCUUGAAUUGCCUCCUGCUGUAUGAACCUCUGCUCCUGCUGUCCGAAUUGCCUGUGCCUCUGGGCAGGUGAUGCAGGUUGAGCCCAGGUCCUGCCAGGAGAGACGACGACUCUUCUCCACCCUGUUCCCACCACGGAUCCACACAGAUGCUGACACACAGUCAACCAGUGUCCUGGCUCCUGGUCUAUAACAGACCUGAAAUACUCUUUGCUAACUCUCUUUGACCUGACACAAGCCCCAUCAUGUGCAGCACCGUGCUUUGGAGCAGUUGUUCUAGCCAAAAUUGAGGCGCUAGGGCAGGAAAGUCAGUGGUGCCCCAUGUCCAAAGUCACAAGCUCUCCUUCUUCUGCAAGGAUACUCUUCCUCCCACAAGGCCACAACACGCCACCCUCCUCACAUCUUGACAUGACAAACCCUCAGUAAUGCUGUUCUCCACAGAAUACUUUAGCUUUUGUUAAAAAGGAAGUAUGGAGAGAAACAGCCCUCUGGUGUCACACCCCCGCAGCCAGGGCACUGUUGGUGCAAGGCUGUGGCGUUAGCUGAAGUUGGGGCAUGCUAAGGGCAGUUUCAAGAGGAAAUGUGGUUUUAUCGCUUUAUUUUGGCAGGGUUGGGACACUGAUCUGUCAAAGAACAGAUCCACCUGAAGAGGUUCUGAACCGCCUCCUCGGGGCCAACAGCAACACCACAGGAGAAAUACACAGGGCUGUGAGAUUAGGGGCUUGGGACUAACACCAGCGUGACUGAACCCGGUGCCAAGAGAAGAGCAACCACCGUGCUGCACAGCUCUCCUGGCAGUGGCUACGGUGCAGGGAGGGCCUGGAGCAAUGUCCUUGGCUGUGGCGGCUCACACCCACUGCAGACGCUGGGCCUACAGCUCUCCCAUAGUGUUGACUGACCUGCAUCUACCAUCUGCUUUUGCUCCUCUGGUGGAGGUGAAGAGGUGUGUGUGUGUGAAAAGGGUUAUCCACCCAAGACAGGCAAAAUCCAUCCUUUAUCUCAACCAACGUUUUCCCAGCAUUUCAAGAAAGUGACCAAGCAAAGCCCCAUUUUAUUUAGCUGAUGCCUGCCUGACAAAUUUUACUGGACCCAGAACAGUUCCCCAAAAUCCACUUCUCCUUACAGAGAGAAAAAAACCAUCACCCAUCCAUCCACCCACCCCUACCCCCCAGCUUCUGGAAACCAUUCUGGGAAGAUUUUUUUUUUUUUCCCCAGCUUUUUAAUGACAAAAAAACCCCCUUCCGUCUCUUUCCCGCUUCCCCACAUCCUCAUCAAAUUGGCAGUUCCCUGGCCCUUCCCAGUCAGGACUGCUCCAUGCUGACCAGCCACUGCAGCCAAGACACUUCCUAGGACUUCACAGCUUUCAGACAGUGCAGGGCCAGGACAGAAACACACAAGAAGAGCCAGAUACUUGUAACUGAAGCAUCAGCAAAGCCUGUUUGUUCUGCAAAAGAAUCAGCCAUAGACAGACUUAUUUGUCCAUGGAACCAGUUAUACCAACACGGCUAAGUUUCCACUGUAAAGCACUGAUGCUGUCAAGGGCUCUCAUGCUUGUGCCUUUGUUCUCACAUGUAACACCACUUCUGUCCUUCAUACAACAAACUUGGUCCUCACACUUGCCAGGACAGAAACAGGACAAAGGGGAAAACCUACCUGCUAACUUCUUCUAGGUGAGGAAAUCCUUCUGAAGUGGCAGACUCUCGCUUGUAAAAUGCACGUGGAUUUUAGCUUCUGUUUUAGUAAUUUAAGGGAUGGUCAGAAUUGAUGGUUAUUUCUUUCUGAUCCUGUAUGAGUUCUUACUUCCAGGCCUGUACUUCCAUUUGCGAUGUUCUUGUACCUACUUAGAAUCUGCAAAUGUAAAUAAAAUGAAUGAAUGAUGCUCAGCACCACACAAAACCACACCUCUUGCAGGAUCUGAUCCAA